ACUCAUGGCAACACUAAAACACGAACGCCCGCCAUUACCGGACGCCGUCGUGCUGCGGAUAAAAAUCCGAAAUUAUUGGAAAAAGUAACCACAAGGUUAUAAAUUAGAUAAUUUGAUCAUGGGUGUGACUGUGGAAACAAUCAGCCCCGGAGAUGGGUCGACUUACCCCAAAUCGGGGCAGACAGUGGUAGUCCACUACACAGGCACGCUGACUAACGGGCAGAAGUUCGACUCGUCCCGCGACCGCGGAAAGCCCUUCAAGUUCAAGAUCGGCAGGAGCGAGGUCAUCAGAGGCUGGGAUGAGGGUGUGGCUAAGAUGUCCGUUGGUGAGCGUGCCAAGCUGACCUGCUCCCCCGACUACGCCUACGGCCAACAAGGCCACCCUGGCGUCAUCCCGCCUAACUCCACUCUCAUUUUCGACGUCGAACUCAUCCGACUCGAAUAAAUUCUACCACCACACCCAAAUCUUUAUGGUUUUGUUAGACCAGUUAAUAUUCUCUGUAUGACAUUCAUAAGACCUUUAAAUGGGCAUUGGGCGCUCUAGUGUCCUUAUUACAUCCAAUUAUUCUCAAUAAUCAACUGCAUCAUUUGCCCUUGAUGAGUGGAUUUAAUAUCUUUAUGCGUAGAGUAGCAUAGAUUAUUGAUAUCUCAAAAUUUUCUCUAUGUCACAAUAUAUGUAAUCGUUUAAUAGUGUCAUCUAGUCAAGACUUUCAAUUUGAAGAUUCUAUUGGUUAAAUUUAAUUAGAUUUACCAGUACGACUGUCUAACAAAACUUGUGAAUCACACUUUCACUAAAGUUAUACACAUCACUUUGUCUCCAGCACAUUCCAAAGGCAUUUAGAGGGAUUUUGGGAAAAUAUGCAUUUAGCCCCAGUUUUUUCUAAUAUAACAUUGUGAAGUUACUUGUCAAAACACAAAUAAUUCAAUAACUGAGCCUAUGUGAGAAUUUUUUUAUCAAAAACUGUGUGGCAAUUUUCUGUAAUUAUUUGGAACCAGUGUUAAUUGUCAAGACUGUAAAUAUCUAUAAUAAGCACAACACCCAGGAUACCGAUUUUGUUGUUUAAAGCUUUAUUUGUAAAACUAAGAUGAAAUAAAGUAAUUGUGAACAA